GAAAUAAAGAUAUAUAAAAGGAAGAAGAAGAAGCAGAAGCUAACCUUGCAAAACUUGAAUGAAGCCCAUCAGAAACGUGGUUUCUUAAACAUGUCUGUGCGAGAAAUUGAGGAGAAGAGAGUGACCUUUAAGGAGAGGAGAAUGUUGGCGUCGAAAAAUGGCGGGAACUGA